UCUCUCUCCCUCGCCAAACCAUACUCUCUCUCUCUCUCUCUGUGGCUACCAAGCUCCGACGUAGCGCCACCAAUCACCGACCACCUCAGGCAUCACUGCCUCGCCGGUUUUCCGGCUCCGCACAGUCGUUCGUCUAACCAUUGUACAGGAAAUCAAGAGAAAUGAGGUCUCGAAUCAUGCUAUUCAAUUCUUCAAAAUGAAGUUUAAUGUUCUCUAAAAUUUGCUAUAUUGUGGUACCAUCUUCAAAGCUGAGACUUCUGCGUUGGCCAUUAUUGGCGAGAAUGGCAACAGAAACAAGCAAACCUGAAGAGCAACAAUCAGCUGCCACCACAAAUCCAGCCAUAAGCUCGUGUCGAAAGAAGAAAUCAGAGUCUGCUACCUUCUUGCAGGAUGUAAGGGAUCAUAUUGACGAGUUUGUUCAUGCAUCAAUGGAUGAACACAAGACUUGUUUCAAGAAAACGAUACAGAAGAUGUUUGGCAUGUCGAAAGUUGUUGCAGAAAGGGUUGCUGCCACUGAGGAAGUUGAAAGUUCCCUGCCCCUUAGAACCAUCGUCUCUGACUAGUAGAAGCUUAGUAUUUAGCAUUAGAACUAUUAUCAUUUUGUUAGAAGCUAAUAAUUAAAAUCAAGUGUGUGACUUUCUCAUGUUGUUGGUUGGUUCAGUUCUGAUGAUGUACAUGAAUGGAUUGGCUCGUUUUCGACAUUGUACGUGUGUUGUGGCUUGAGAGUGACAGCAAGCAACCAUAAAGUUGAUCUUUUUAUGAAUAAAAAGCCCUGGAUUUGAGUUGGAAGAGCAUUGGAA